UUUAGUUUACCAAGGAUGAAAAUCAAGCAUUUUGUAUUCAUGUUCUUUCUUUUUGCACUAGUUUUUAUCUCUAUUAUGGCAAUUGAGCCAUCCAAAGAUGAAGAUCAAUUUGGUGCAAUAGAAGAAUCCAAAAUAAAAAUUGGAAUAGAUGGUUGGAGAAAUUGGGGAGGCUGGAGUUCAAUAGGAAGACGAAGAAAUAAUGGUGGAGAAAACAAAGAAGGUGGACAAGUUGGAGUUGCAAAAGAAAAAGGUGAACAAAUUGAGAGUGGAAAAGACAACAAAACUGAAAGAGACGAUGAAGAUGGACACAUUGGUGGAGAUUGGGAUUUGAGAGGUACGAGAAGUUGGAAACUUUAAUGAGACGACUUUAACACAAAAAAAUGAAGAGCGUAAGGGAUCGAUAUCCAUGAAAAUCAGAGUUUGCAUGUGUGUAAUAUAUUCCAUGCAACUUGUAAAAUUAAAUCAUGGUCUUUAUCUUACCCCAUACCUAGUUGAUACUAAAAUGCACAUCUUUACCUAAAUUAAUAUAGAUUUACUGAUAUCCUUUGUAAGACCCGUAAUUUUAAAAGUACAUAAAUAUUUUAAAUAUAAUAGUAUAUUCUUAGUAAAUGAUUAUUUGAUAAAAAUAAAUAAU